AUGGUACUGCUCGGUAUUCCCCAGACGUUGCCCAACAGCUAUCCCGCUGUUAAAAAGGGUCCGUACUGGACAUUUCUCAAUGUUUUCCAACUGGCUCUCCUGACGAUUUUGCUGUGGUGUCGAUGGCAGCGGUGCCUUCCACCGUCGGGAUUUGCUGUCACCAUAUUGGGUCUCAUGUCGACGGCAUGCAUGCUGGACGUGUUCCAACUGUGCGCCUCAGUGACGCACCUGCAGGACAUAAGACUGUCGGCACAACUCUUCGAGAAGGAGUCAUUCAUUGUGAAUUUCGUCGCACUGGCUGCAAUUCUGGGAAGCUUCUUGCUUUCUGAGAUACAAGACUUGGUCCUCAAAAAGCGGAAAGGUCGUUUGCAAGUCUCGGAUGAAGAUACAUUGUCGCCACUUGGUAGAAAAGCCUGCGUGUUGCUAUUACCGCUCUUCAGGGACACGUACUCGAAGGUCGCCACAGCAUCGGCGCAUCUUCCUCCCCUGCGAAGAGGGCUGCACUGCAAGAACCUCGCCCAAGCACUCACUGCGAAACUCGCGGCAAGGCAAAUUGUUCCCGGACGCCGGUCAACAUUUGUGUUCGCAUUGGCCAAGGUGCUGUGGAUAGACGCCCUGCGAAUGUUCGUGGUCAUAGCUGCGUACUACGGCGCCAUAUAUUCAAGGGUACCAGCGCUCGAGUUGCUGAUAAACAGCCAGGAUGGAGUUGGCAUGACGUCAGCAGUGCUCCUGUUUGCAGCCGCGACUGUAUGCGAACUGAUGAUCUCCUGCUACCAAAUAGACAUACUCUACAUCUUUGGCUGCAGGAUGCGCGCGUUACUUCAAGUGCAGAUUUUCAACAAGAUGACGACCAUGUCAUCCAGUAUAAAGGCGCGUUACCCAAUGGGCCAGAUCAGUUCCUUGCUCGCCGUCGACUGCACUCUGCUUGCCCAAUCCAUAUUCGCCCUACCAAUGCUGCUGAUUGGUGUCCUGCUAUUCCCGUUGCUAUUCUGGAUGCUCGCCACGCGAGCCGGUGUCUUGCCUUCGGUCUGCACCGCAUCCUGGGCGCUUCUGGUUCUCUGUGUGCCUUCGUUUGCCUCAUCCACGCAGAAGCGCUUGUGGGGGAAGGCAAUCAAAGCGCGCGACGAACGACUUAAGGCGACUACCGACCUACUGUCUACCAUUCGAGUUGUGAAGAUGUACGCCUGGGAAGACGCCCUGCAGGAGAACGUGAUCCGGUUUAGAGAGGUCGAACUCAAGUGGCUCCUCAGAAUCAACCUGCUGGAUGCCAUUCUCGACUGCAUCUACAGUUCAACUAGCUCCGUUCUGAUGAUCAUCCUCUUCUCGACGCUUUAUGCGCUCGAACCCGACAGGGUGCUCACCCCGGCGUUGUCCUUCUCCUGCGUGUCGCUGCUCUACAUGACUGACCUCUGCAUGAACAGCUGUGGACAGGGGCUGAGGAGUUUCAACCAGGGAGUGCUGGCACUUCGAAGAAUUGCUGAUUUCUGCACAGCGGAUGAUCAAGAGGAAAAUGUGCACGAUACAGUCGUUCACUUGUCCACAAGAAGAGGUGCCGUGAUGAUUGAGAAGUGCACGUUCGCGUGGAGUGAAUUCGACGGUGGUGAAUCAGAAACUCAGCUAAAUGACGUGAAUCUGUAUGUCAAGCCCGGAUCCCUCAUCGGCAUCGUUGGUUUCGUCGGCAGCGGCAAGUCAUCUCUCCUAGCCGCGAUACUGGGAGACAUGCAUCGUAUCAAGGGCAAAGCUACGUGCGGGGGAAGCGUGGCCUACGCACCUCAGUUACCAUGCUUGCACAACAUGACAAUUAGGGACAACAUUCUCUACGCGAAGGCGAUGGACCAUGCUUUCUACGAGAAAGUGAUUCGGAGCUGUCAGCUCAUAAAUGACAUCAGCAAGUUGCAAGCGGGAGACAUGACCGAAGUCGGCGAGAAGGGCACUAACCUGAGUGGAGGUCAAAAGCAGCGCAUCUCUCUGGCCCGUGCUGUUUACAGCCAGAGCGACAUCUACCUGCUGGACGACCCUCUCACCGCUCUUGACCCUGUCGUGGCAAGUCGGGUGUUCAGAGACGUCAUCGGAAGCCGUGGCAUGCUCAGGAACAAGACGCGAAUCGUAGUUUGCAGCCAAGGGCAUUUACUUCGCCACAUGGAUAAGCUUGUCUUGGUUCACGAUAAACGCAUCAAAAUCUACGAUAAGCUAGAAGACCUUGUGUCAGACGCGGACUCGCCCCAGAACUUUCGAGAAGCUCUCGAACAACGGACGCCGCAGCACUCGAAUCAAAUGGGGUGA